UCCCAGAGGCCUCCGCGGGGGCGGCCGGGCCGGGCCUGGCGUCUCCGGCCUCACCGGGGCCCGGGGGUGGCGGCGGCGGGGCCGAGCCCGCCCCCGUGAGCGGCAGCCGGAGCGCAGGGGUCCUGGGCUGGUCCCCGCCCGGGCCGGGGCUGCGUUUGCAUGAGCCCCCCGCAACCCCUACCAGCUCUGACGGCGGCCGGGGCUGAGCGGGGCCGUCCCGCCAUGGCGGCGGGGAGCGGGGGAGCGGGGGCGUCCGCCCGGGAGCACCGGCUGGAGCCCGGGGACACGCUGCCGGGGCUGGCGCUGCGCUACGGGGUGACGAUGGAGCAGAUCAAGCGCGCCAACCGCCUCUACACCUCGGACACCAUCUUCCUCAAGCCCACCCUCCUCAUCCCCGCGCCGGUGCAGCCGGGGGGACCCUGUCCCGAGGACAAGGAUGAGGACAAGGACGUGCCCGUCCCCCCGGGGGACGCCCCGGCCGCCACGUCCCGCCACGACCUCUCGGCCACCGAUUUCCUGCGGCAGCUCGACGCUGAGAUCGGGCGCUCCAAGGCAGCGGCGGCAGCACGUCUCCGCACCGGUGGCACAGGCACGGCUGAGGCUGAAGGCACACGGAUCCCCGAUGCCAAGGGCCCACCGGCCCCCCGGGGUCCCCGCCUCGGCCCCCGGCCCCUCACCAGGACCCCACGGGCGGCCGCCCUCCGUGACGCCGAGGACGAGAUCUUCACGCUGUGACACCAGGGACAUUGGGGAUGUGCCACCGUGACUCCCACCCCGCGGUGACGGGGACCUCGGGACACCCCCAGCACCCAGCCCCACCCAGGGGAUACUGGAAGGGACACAGGGAUUUUUUUUGGGGGGGGAUACACAGUGUCCCCUCCCUGUCUCCUUCGAGGGGCCGUCCUGCUGCAGGGACACCGAACGCCUGGGUGCAGAGCCAGCCCUCCCACAGGGCUACUGGGAGCUACUGGGAGGCACUGGGACAAGAUUUACCAGCUGGUUAUAUUUAUUUUUACAUCUUUGCUCUUGCGGGGGGUUUUUGGGGGGUGGCACCCUGCCAGCCCCCCAUGCCAGUGCCUGGACUCCAUGGGGAUGGGGAUGGUCACCCCCCUACCCCAACAGCCUGUAAAUAAAACAGAUCACUGUCA